CCCGCCGGGCGCGCCGCGCGCCCCUGGGCGCUGCUCGCCCUCUGCCUCCUGGGCAGCGGGGCCCAGGAUUUCGCGCCGACGCGCUUCAUCUGCACCUCGGUGCCCGUGGACGCCGACAUGUGCGCCGCGUCCGUGGCCGCCGGCGGCGCCGAGGAGCUCCGGAGCAGCGUGCUGCAGCUCCGCGAGACCGUGCUGCAGCAGAAGGAGACCAUCCUGAGCCAGAAGGAGACCAUCCGCGAGCUGACCGCCAAGCUGGGUCGCUGCGAGAGCCAGAGCACGCUGGACGCCGGCGCCGGCGAGGCCCGGACCGGCGGCAGCCGCAAGCCGGCCGCCCCGGGCAAGAACACCAUGGGCGACCUGUCGCGGACGCCGGCGGCCGCCGAGACGCUCAGCCGGCUCGGGCAAACUUUGCAGUCGCUCAAGACGCGCCUGGAGAACCUCGAGCAGUACAGCCGGCUCAAUUCCUCCGGCCAGACCGGCAGCCUCAAGGAUCUGCUGCAGGGCAAGAUCGACGACCUGGAGAGGCAGGUGCUGUCCCGGGUGAACAUGCUGGAGGAGGGCCAGGGGGCGCCCAGGAACGACUCGGAGGAGAGGGCCAAGAUCGAGAGCGCCCUGACCUCCUUGCACCAGCGCAUCAGUGAGCUGGAGAAAGGUCCGGGGUCCCCGACCUCGGACUGGGGCCGCCUCUGCGCUGGGCCGCGGGCGAGCCCUGCCCAGCCGGGCCCGUGCCCAGACGUCCAGCACCGGGCCCAGGGACCCGCAGACCGAACGACCCUGCUCGGUCCCGUCCCCACGGGCCUGGCCCCUGACCGCCGCCCCCGCUCUGCCCUGAAGGACACCCUGGGCGGCGGGUUCGACGCCACCCAGGCGUUCGUGGGCGAGCUGGCCCACUUCAACAUCUGGGACCGCAAGCUGACCCCGGGGGAGGUGUACAGCCUGGCCACCUGCAGCGCCAAGGCCCUGCCCGGCAACGUCAUCGCCUGGACCGAGAGCCUCAUCGAGGUCUACGGCGGGGCCACCAAGUGGACGUUCGAAGCCUGCCGCCAGAUCAACUGAGGGCCCGGCCCCGCCGCCCGCCCGCCCAGGGCACGCUGGCAUCGGCGAGCAGGAGCCCGCGGGGCGCCGGGAGGGAGAGUCCCGCAGUGGCCACUUUGGGCAGCCGCCCCCAGCCCACUUUCAAAAUAAAGCAGGGGGUUAAA